AAUUGCUUGUCACAAUGCACUGGCAGGCGGAACGUUAAUCGUUUUUAGUAGUUUAGUUUAAGUUGUUUUCAUUUUAUAAAUUUUCACUGUUUUGUAGUUAAAGAAUACUAAAACUUAAAAGAUUGCCAGACCGAUAAGUGUGUUUGUUUAAUUCAGAAUAUUACAGUGAAAAAAUUUGUAUAGCAAUUUGAGUUAUUGCAAAAAAUAAGGUAACAAAAAAAUAGCACCCUUAUAACAAAAAUGAUCCAAAGAGAAGGAUGGACAUCACGUCAUUGAUUACGACACCUAAGAAACAAAUCCACCCUCUGCACAGGUUUUAAGAAACAAGAAAAUGUAAUUUAUUCCAUAAAGAAAUACGUUGAAGCGGGUUCAAUUUGUAGUGCUAAUUAUGCAUUUAAUAACUUGUCACCAAAAUGAGCGGUCAAAGUGAAAUUAAAUAUAAUUAGAUUAAAAUAACACAAGUCGUGAAUUAUUGCAAUAAAGUUAGACAAUCAAAUAUUGUUUAAAUUUCUCCAUUUGAUUACGCUUUUAAAAAUUAAACUAAAAUUUCAAAACAAAACCUGAAACGCUAUACAUACAUUAGUCCUUUUAAUUUAUUCAAUAAGCGGCGCAAGGAAACUCACAAAGCAUUGCAGCUUCACGAAAUGUCAAAGUGUACGGCACCGGAAAUGUAACGUACACCACACCAUAAAGCUUUCCGUAUUGAUUUGGUUUCUUGUGUACGAAGUGCUGCUUUUUUAUAUGCGAUUUUCUCUUUCGCUCUCUCUCUCGCUUUUGCCACAAAUAAAAAUUUAACAUAAGCAAUGCUCUCCACUCAGCAACUGAUCAAAGCUCUAUGCAAACUACAAAGCAACAUUGGGAAUAGUGAUUUAAUGAAUAUCUUAAAACACGCGGCAAAUACAACAACAGCUUUGAGACCAGCCGUUAUGACAUCAUUAUUGACAGCACAUGAUGUGACGUCAUCAACAUCAUCUACACAUGCAUCGUCAUCUACUCUCCUAUCAACAUCACCAAAGCAACAGAAGCAACAAGCGACCGAUUCUAGUCAACAACAAAAUGAAGACAAUUGUGAAAUUAUACAUACAGUGAACUUCAGUCUCGUUCCGCAUUCAGACGAAAGUGGUGCAAUUUCGUCUUCGGUUAAGAACGCCAAUACGCAGGAUUUAAAUACAGCACCAAUAGCAACCGCUGUAACCUCAGCAACUACCAAAAAUAAUUUGAAUUUGUACGUUAAUCACAGUCAACAGAUACAGAAAUUUUAUCGACAACAACAACAACACCAACAACAAUUUCAUACACAACAAAAUCAAAGUUUGUACGCCAAACAGAAACAAACACAAUUUGCUAUGUCAUCGCUUGCAGCUGAACCACUCGUACUAAAACAGGACGACAUUGUCGCUACAAACGGCAGCAAUGAUUGUUGUAUAUCAUCUUCAGAGAAUGGAGGAAAUAUUACCAAACAAAAAAACAAUUCAUCCUCAUCGACGUCUGGAAAACCAUGCUUCAGCACAGGACUUGGCGACAUUUUGCAAUUUAUGGAGUUGAUUGGCAAUUUGAAGCACACAAAACGUACCGGCUGGGUGUUACGUGACGUCAAUGAUUGCGAAUCCAUAUCAGGGCACAUGUAUCGUAUGAGCAUGAUGACUUUCCUACUUGACGGCAGUGAGGGUCUUAAUCAGAUACGUUGCAUGGAAUUGGCUUUAGUGCAUGAUUUAGCUGAAAGUUUGGUGGGUGACAUAACACCUUUUUGUGGCGUAUCCAAGGAGGAAAAACGCGCUUUGGAAUUUAAGGCUAUGGCUGAUAUAUGCAAAUUAAUUGAACCAAGAGGCAAACGUAUAAUGGAAUUAUUUGAGGAAUACGAACAAGGUGAGAGUCCAGAGUCUAAAUUUGUUAAAGAUCUUGAUCGACUUGAUAUGGUGAUGCAAGCAUUUGAGUAUGAAAAACGUGAUAAUUGCUUAUUGAAGCAUCAAGAAUUUUUUGAUUCCACCGAAGGCAAGUUUAAUCAUCCAUUUGUCAAGAAGCUUGUGAACGAGAUUUAUGAACAGCGGCAGGUUUUGGCCAAUGCUAAAGGGGCCACACCACCACCUUCAAUAAAUGUUCCCAACAGUGAUCUGCCGACCGAAAAUGGCAUUUGUUCUGACACUAUAACCAUUGAUGAUCAAAAAAAAAGCUCAAAGUUUACUUCAAGUUGAUUGAAUAUUUUUUAAAGAAGAAGAAGUAUCAACGCGCUCGCAGAUUCAUAAUGGUUUAAAAAAUUCAAUACCUCCCAAAUAUGUAGGAGAGGAAAUAUUAGCUUAAAAUAGGCAGCAACAGCUGUACUAUACCAAAUCUAUUAGGACAAUUCUAUUAAUUUAUUAAAGGAUCUUAGUUACUUAUUUUUAAGGUUUGUGAAGUUAAAGUUAAUUCAUUUCGCUUACAAAUUUUGAUUGUGUAUAAAGGUUGUCGACGGAGUUUAUAAUAAUUGUAAAGUAGAUGUAUGUAUUUAUUUUUAAAUUAUUAAAAUAUUGUAAAUUUCUUUGAAUCUGUCCUAUAUUGUUUAAGUAGAACAAAUUGUACAACAUUUAAAUUUUAUUUAUUUUACGCGGCGUAUUAAUAUGCUACUAAAAUACAUUUUAUUGAACCAAAGUAGUUUAAAAUAUUCUACCUCUGUAAGAAAAAGA